ACAGGAGAAAAUUAUUUGCUGCGUGACAUGUGUCACUUAAAUGGCAGCAGAAUCUUUUUGAUUUUCGUAAUAUGCUGUUGCCUCUUGAACAGCAACAGAUCAGCUCUUGCCUUCGUAAUGCCUACCGCAAGAAACAUAAGACAUCCACUUGCGGGUCCCCUAAAGGCGAGUCGUCUAUUCGAUAAUAUUUUCCAAGGCAAGAAAAGCAGCAGUAGUGGCCUUGGUGAGCGUGUGAAGCUGGGAGACCUUCGUGUAAGUCCGCUGGGUGUGGGCACGUGGGCAUGGGGAAAUCAAUUUCUAUGGGGUUACUCUCCGCAAAAGUCCGAUUCGUCUCUGCAAGAGACAUUCGACUAUGUAUUGAGCAAAGGAAUAAACUGGUUUGACUCUGCAGAUUCUUACGGGACUGGAAGGUUGGAAGGCAGGAGUGAGAUUUUGUUGGGUCAAUUUUUAAGAGAGCACGACUAUAAGCUCGGGUCAAGCGUAAAGAGUGCUGAGGAUGUCUUUGUGGCGACCAAAAUUGCACCUUACCCCUUCCGCCUGGGUAAGGGAUCCAUCAAAGCUGCAAUGCGCGCUUCAAGCCGACGACUCGACAGGGGAAGAGCUGGAGUGGACAUUGGCCAACUGCAUUGGGCCCCGCCGUUAGGAUGGCAAGAGAAAGCAUACUGGGCGGGACUGGCGGAGCUCAAACAGGAAGGGGAUAUAAAGGCUAUUGGACUGAGCAACUACGGGCCUAAAAAACUGCGGGAAGCGGCUCAGACUUUCAAGAGUGAGCACGGUAUCAGCCUUGCAUCAAACCAAGUUCAACUCUCUUUAGUCUCUCCACUACCGCUGCGAAGCGGCUUGAUCGAAACAGCUGCCGAUGAGGGAGUGCGCCUUAUCGCUUAUAGUCCCCUAGGACUCGGUAUACUGACGGGGCGCUACAAUUUAGAAAGGCAACAGCUGCCAGAGGGACCGCGCCGCCUACUUUUCAGAGAACUUCUUCCUGCUCUGACGCCCGUGCUGGGUACCAUGGAUCAGAUUGUAAACGAGCGCACGCGCAAAAAGUAUGGAGCAGUUAGUGAGCCUGUGACAUGCUCCCAGGUUGCACUAAAUUGGUGUCGGGCGAAGGGCGCAAUUCCAAUCGUAGGUUUAAAGAGCCUCGCUCAAGCUAGAGAAGCGACAGCUGCGCUUGAUUGGUGCUUGUCGGCAGGAGAGGUUGAGGCAUUAGACCGAGCGGUGAGAAGUCUGCCGAAGGGCAGAGGAGAGACGGUGCAGAACAUUUUUCAAUCGGAGUAAAAUGAUCGUCAUUAUCGGGCAAAGGGGGGGGGCGGGUCUCUGCAGAUUAUUUGCUCCUUACUUUCUUGGGCUGGUGCUGGCACAAGUCGUAGAUUUCACAGCUAUGAGGACGAGCGAUCGUCUGCCAUAAGUAGCGAUACUGUCGGUCACAGAGACGUCUCUGUAUUCCGCGGCGGGUAGAGAAAAAGUGCGGGUAAUGGUCUCUUCCGAAGGAUCAUCACAUAUCACGGCAUUCGGGGAUUCCUUCAACCAUCGAGCACAAGGCAAGCGUAAGUAUG